CAUUGCAUGUUCCUCACACCAUAAAUCACACUUAACUACCAACUACCUAAGAAACUAACAAAAAUCUUAGUGGUUGUGAUAACAUGGCUCUUACACUUCAACGUGCAUUAUCUGAACUACUCACCCUAAUAGCUAUUCUCUCAAUAUUCCUAGUGAUCCCUUCCUUUUGUUUCAACCCCAAAAAGCUUUAUAAUGCUUCAUAUUAUUCUCCAUCUAGUUCAGAUUGGUCACCUGCAGUGGCCACUUGGUAUGGACCUGCCAAUGGAGAUGGAAGUGAAGGUGGAGCUUGUGGAUAUGGUAACGCUGUUGGGCAACCUCCAUUUUCUUCUUUAAUAUCCGCGGGAAGCCCUCUUAUAUAUGACUCUGGCAAAGGAUGUGGUUCUUGUUAUGAGGUGAAAUGCACAGGGAAUUCUGCAUGCUCAGGCAACCCCGUGAAAGUAGUCAUCACUGAUGAGUGUGCUGGGUGUGGCUCAGAUGCUCAAUAUCAUUUUGAUCUGAGUGGCAAUGCUUUUGGAGCAAUGGCAAUUUCGGGCCAAGAUGAGAAUCUACGCAAUGCAGGAAAAAUAAACAUUCAGCACAGAAGAAUUGAAUGCAACUAUCCCGGUAGGUCAAUAGCUUUCCACGUGGAUUCUGGCUCAAACCAAGAAUAUUUUGCUACCUUGGUUGAAUAUGAGGAUGGGGAUGGUGACCUUGCCAAGGUUGAACUCAAGGAAGCACUUGAUUCAGGGUCAUGGGAUUCCAUGCAACAAUCAUGGGGUGCAGUUUGGAAAUUUGACAAGGGCUCACCACUGAGAGCACCAUUCUCUAUCAAGCUAACCACACUUGAGUCUGGCCAGACCAUUGUGGCCAACAAUGUGAUCCCUGCAGGGUGGACUCCUGGUCAGACUUACAGAUCGAUUGUGAAUUUUGCAACCUAAGGAUGUGUCCAUCAUUUUGCAUCACCAGCUUGUAGCUAUACCCUAAUUAUAAUAUUAUAUAUGUAGCUGAAGAUGUAUAAUCAAAUGUCAUCCUAUUAGUGGACUUUUGAUUGUCUUCUGUAAUCAAUUAUGAAUGCAUUGUGCUAGUUACUAUGUUAAUUAUUAUGUUUAUGGGUUAA